UGUAAGGUGGUUGUGUGGGGAGAGCCGUUAGAUGCGAUUGGGGUGUUUUCCUCGCGCCUGAGUUGUUGUCGCUGUGGCGGUUGUCAUGGCAGCGGCGGGCGGGCCCGGAGGAGGCAACACGGCAUCCGCUGCGGACGAAGGCGGAGGGGACCGGGGUAGCCCCCCCGGCUCGGACUCACGACGCCUGGGGCCGGGGGGGCGAGAGGAAGAGGAGGCGCCGAGGCAAGGCAGCGCGGGAGGCCUGGGCCACCAGAGCCGCCCGUCCUCGUCGCCGCCCUCUCGCGAGGCUGAAGUCACCGUGGAGAUCGGAGAGACCUACCUAUGUCGGCGAGGGGACGGGACGUGGCAUUCUGCAGAGGUGAUUCAGUCUCGGCUCAACGAACAAGAAGCCAGAGAGGAAUUUUAUGUUCACUAUGUAGGAUUCAACCGACGUCUGGAUGAGUGGGUGGAUAAGAACCGCCUGGCCCUCACCAAGACAGUCAAAGAUGCUGUGCAAAAGAAUACCGAUCAAUACAUGAAUGAGCUUUCUGAGCAGCCCGAGCGCAAGAUCACACGCAAUCAGAAGCGCAAGCAUGAUGAGAUCAACCAUGUCCAAAAGACGUAUGCUGAGAUGGACCCCACCACAGCAGCUUUGGAGAAGGAACAUGAGGCAAUCACCAAAGUGAAAUACGUGGACAAAAUCCAUAUCGGGAACUAUGAGAUUGAUGCUUGGUAUUUCUCACCAUUCCCAGAAGACUACGGGAAGCAGCCCAAGCUGUGGAUCUGCGAAUACUGCCUCAAGUAUAUGAAGUUUGAGAAGACUUACCGCUAUCACCUCGGCCAAUGUCAGUGGCGGCAACCUCCAGGGAAAGAAAUCUAUCGCAAAAACAACAUUUCAGUAUAUGAGGUGGAUGGGAAAGAUCACAAGAUUUAUUGCCAGAAUUUGUGUCUUUUGGCCAAACUGUUCCUGGAUCAUAAGACCCUCUACUUUGACGUGGAGCCCUUUGUCUUCUACAUCCUUACUGAGGUGGACAGGCAAGGAGCCCAUAUCGUUGGCUACUUUUCCAAGGAGAAGGAAUCUCCAGAUGGAAAUAAUGUGGCUUGUAUCCUAACCUUGCCCCCUUACCAGAGACGGGGUUAUGGGAAAUUCCUCAUUGCAUUCAGCUAUGAGCUCUCCAAACUGGAAAGCACAGUAGGAUCCCCCGAAAAGCCCCUUUCGGACCUUGGCAAGCUGAGCUACCGUAGCUAUUGGUCCUGGGUAUUACUCGAGAUUCUUCGGGACUUCCGAGGCACCCUUUCCAUCAAGGAUCUCAGCCAGAUGACGAGCAUCACCCAGAAUGACAUCAUCAGCACCUUGCAGUCCCUGAACAUGGUCAAGUAUUGGAAGGGGCAGCACGUCAUUUGCGUCACUCCCAAGUUGGUGGAGGAGCAUCUCAAAAGUGCACAGUAUAAGAAGCCGCCAAUCACAGUGGAUUCUCUCUGCCUGAGAUGGGCACCUCCUAAACACAAGCAAGCCAAGAUUUCCAAGAAGUGAAGGAAAAACUGACUUGAAAAACUGAAAGGUUUUGGCUCCACAUCUGCUUUUUUUUAUUUUAGAAUAUGUUCAGUAAUUUAGCAUUGCUGUCAGUCUUGUACUGAAAGAACAUAUAUGAAACAGGUAGUUUGGGGUUAUGAGAAACACCUGAAAACAGGUGUUUUUUGAGUUUGCAGCAAUUCUGCCUAGGUGGGUUCAUUUGAAUGAAGAACUACUUAUUUAUCCCCCCCCUUUUGUUUUCUUCUGUUGCUGGAUAUAGAACUGUUUUUUUCUUUCUUGCCAAACCUGGUGUCUUCUCUAAAGUAGAAGUGGUACCUUCAUUCUUAUCACAAAAGGAGCAGAUAAAUCAUUCUAUUAUUUCUUAUUGACAGUUCUAACAGGUGAUUAAAUAUGGCAGAAUUAUGGUAGAACAAGAUCUGAGCAGUAAAUAAACACAGGGAUUGGAUAUUUGAGCAGCAAAUGGUCGACACAAGUCGGAGGCACCAUUUACUAUCAGUAAUACUGAAAACUAGAUUAUUGACUAAGCUAGGAAGGAGGAUUGACUUCUCCAAAAGAGAUGCUGGAGAUCUCCAACAUUGAAACAUUGAACAAUCAUCCUGGUUCAAAAUUUUGGGGAAAAAUGGGUCUUCUGUAAAUUCUCUUAAGUCUCUUGGUAAAUCUGUUGUCACUCUCCGUAUCUUCAAAAAGAGGCAAGUACUUUGGACAUUCUAUCAAAGCAUGUUUUUAGGUAUACUAGAUAAGCAGCUUGAAUCCUUCCACUGUCACAUAGCUAUUACCAAUGUGGGAAAAGAGAGAGAGAGAGUUUUGAAGUAGUAUCACUGGCUCCAGAGUCAAUUUUUAAGGUCAAUGCUGCCCCCAAAAUAAGCUUUCUUAGAGUUGAAAGCUGAGUAGCCAGUAGCAUGAGAGUCAGGAUUUGGGUGUUAAGACUCAGGAAAAAGUGGAAAUAGGCACCUAAUAAAAAGGCUAUUCCAUAGUGCAGUGUUGCUUCUAUGAUGUUACUAAAAGGAAUUAACUUAAUUCCUUUUACAGAGCUUCAAAAGAAAUGGUUCUCUCUGGGAACAAAAUGCUGAACUAGGGCAGGAAAAAACAUGCUUUUAACUUAGGUGCCCUUCUAAAUGGCUACCCAGAUGAACAGACAAACUCCGGAUUGG